AUGUCAUCGCGGUACCAAGAUGAUCCAGAAUACCGCCGCGGAGAGCCUCGUCAUCCCCCCAGAAGAGAAACUCGCGAGCGUGACCGUCCAGAACGUGUUGCGCCUCCAAGGGAAAGAGAAAGGAGAAUUCCAGGCGAACGAAUCGACCACGAUACUCGUAUGACCGAAGCCGUGGACAGCAGAAUGGACACCCGUUUGGACACCCGGAUUGAUUCCCGCAUGGACUCCAGGAUGGACAACCGUAUGGACCUCAGGCCUGAUCAACGGCCCAGUACAACGUCUCGCAUUGACCCGAGACCUGAACGUAUGGUUGACCCCCGUGGCACGGAACCGGAGGUGUUCUUGCUGCGUGAUCCGACCACAGGAGAAUUCUAUCGGGAAGUUCCGAGAAACCCGUCGGCGAGGUCGCCUUAUGCUCGGGAAGAUCGUGACUAUGACGCCCCCUCAAGAAACCGGACAACCAUGGAUGUCCCCAUUACCAGAGAGCGUGAUCCCGUGACGGCAUCGAAAGAGAAGUCAUUCAACACGAAAUCUGCAAAUAUCUUGGUCAGGAUGCCACUUGCCGCCCAACCCGGAACAAUGAAGUAUGCUGCACCAGUGGAUGUCCAUGACGUUGUGGCUUUGAUGCUGAUCUGGACAUGGCAGGCAAUGGAACAGUCACUUCGUCAGGAGACGGUCAAAUGGCAGCGCGAGCGAGAACGGCGGGCCAGGCAGGGCCGUUCGCAAGGUAUGGCUAAUACCGAAAGGCAAACAAGCCGAUCUAAGGAUCCUGUAGGUUCCUAUGCCGAGAUGCAAGCCCGACAAGAGAGCCAACACAGGUACGCCGGAGAAAUGGAUAUCGACGACGACGACUAUGGACGACCACCUCCCAGGCAUCGUGAGCUUGAAGCUCGCCCUCUGGCUAGUGGGCGGGUUGCUAUCCCGGUUACCUCUACCUACGCCCCGGAGCCCGGCUUCCCAGCGCAGUAUACCAUUUCUUCAGGCCAACCAGGAUAUCCUCCAGGGCAGUCUGGCUUCCAUGGAUCCGAAAGAGAACCCAGGACCUUUCCUGGCGAAAGCGCAACCGCACCAUCAAUUAGCCGAUCCGGGCAGCUGCCAGGAGGUUAUGCACCGCCACUCUAUCCCACCCGGACAGGACCUCCGAUAUCGUCAUCAUUGUCUGGAUCUUAUGAUCCUCGGAGAGAUGUGAUGGGUGCGCCGUAUGGUCCAGGAUAUUCUGACUCACGUAGGCAUGGCAGAUGA